GAAAUAUUUAAUAUUGACGUUUGUUCGUAAGCGUCAUGCAUUUUGACGUUCCAAGAAAUUUUACUAUAGAUUUCGGAAAUGUUAAAUUAACUCUCCUAAGAUUAACUACUUACAGUUAUCAUUAAGACUGUUUGACAACUAACAACUGAAACUACAUUCGAAGAAACUACAAAACUAUCACCAUUCAAUAUUUUUCGAAUUCAGCAAGGGCUGUCUAAUAUAGAUGGCGUUUGUGCGCAUACACAUUUAAUAACACAGAACAUAGUUUUCUGGAGCAUCGUGUAGCACAGUACCUUUUGUUUACGAUUUUUCCAAUUUUUACGAAUUAAUGUCUAAUAAAAAAUGUCAAAUUUACUUGUUCGAAAAGGACUUGAAAUACUUGGCCAUGAGGAAAAUUUGAAACAAGAGAAGAAAAAAAGGAAACACGUCAAAUAUAAAGGAACUUUGGAUCUAAUCCCACCAAAACAUAGGAUAUUAUCAAAAGACGAUAAAACAGAUCUUGGUACAAUUCUUGGAAGAUCAAGUAAAAUAACCGUUUACGAAACUAAGAAGAAAAUAACAGGGCUGAAAGAUCCUACUGAUGAAAACGUGGAAAAACUUCUAAUGCUUAGUACUAAUCGUAUUGAAUCAAAUACAGCAGAAAAGUUUUUGAAUCGUGCAACGAAAAAGAAAUAUAUUUCUAAGAAACAGAAACCUAAAGAACCUGAAGCUACUGCAUUUACAGAAGAAGAUUUCAAAAAGUUUGAACAAGAAUACAUUGAUCAUUAACUUAAAAUAUUCUCCUUGUACCGCAUGGAAGAUAGAAAUCUUUCAACCAAUUCGAAUACUUUAAAUUUUACAUAUAAAAUAAGUAGAAACACA